AUGGUCGGCAUCGCUGAUUCUUGGAAUUCCAAUGUUGCUACGGACGACGAGAUCUACGAUGCCUUCAUGCAGUUCGACUCCAACGGCGACGGUUACAUUUGUCAAGACGAGCUCCGGAAAGUGGUUAACGAUAUGGGCAAGAACAUCUCAGCCAGGCGAAUGGAAGAGAUGAUCACACAGGCUGACAUCGAUGGCGACGGAAGGGUGAACUACCGGGAAUUUGUCAAGAUAAUGCGAACGGAUAUCAAAGACAGAAAAGAUAAGAAGCUGUAUGAAGCAUUUAGGGAAUUUGACGAAGAUGGCGACGGAUUCAUCAGCCGCGACGAACUACGUCAUGCGACUUGGCAGUUGGGAUUUAAAAUGACGGAAGAGGAGCUCAGUCAAAUGAUCGCCCAGGUGGACCAGGACGGCGAUGGUAAAGUGAACUAUACGGAGUUUGGGAAAAUGAUGAAAGGAACGCUAUAGCAAAGACCACACUUUAUUUACCCGCAUCAUCACAAUUCCGGGAUUAUAUCGACAGGGAGGAUGACCCGUGAAGGCGCGGGCCCACUUGGAACAGUCUUAAUGGCUUGAGGGAGAAAACAGCUCGCUCUCACCACUUUGUCGUCGUGAUUGCAGCUAGUCGAUAAG